CAUCAAUCAUUCGCCGACCCCGUCCAUCGUAUUGUUCUUGUACUUCCAUGAGAGAUAGCGAAGUCCUAGCAAAUUGUAUUCAUUCGAUUUUUAUACUAGUAGUGAUAGUGAACGGUGCAGUCGAUGCUUGACGCAGUACCUGUUCGGAAAUAGUUUCUCAUACCGGGAUGAAGCAACUGACUUUGAUUUUAUUGCUUGCCGGCUUGCUAGUUGCGGAAAGCGCGAACAUAUUGGGCAUUUUUGUGAGCCAAGGAAAAAGUCAAUUUAUAUUGGGGGAGAGGUUGUUGGGGGAAUUGGCGAAAAGGGGACAUAAUGUCACUCUUUUGGGUAAACACGUACCUGAAGAAAAACAUGAAAAUUUGCACUUAAUUCGUGUCAGUUUAAUUGAGGAAAAUCCUGUUGAUUUAAUUUCGUGGGAAACACAAAAUGAUUUUGAACAUAUCAAAUCUAUGUAUGAUCAUUGGCUUCAGAUGACAGAAGGAUUGUUUGUUGAACAACCAGUUAAGGAUCUAAUAAAUUCAAACAGUACCUUUGACAUGGUUAUAUUCGAAGCAUUUGGAACUGAAGCCGCAAUGGGUUUUGCAAAGCAUUUUAAUGCUUCUUUGGUUGUAUUUAAUUCUUUACCAAUGAAUGAGUGGUGCAGCAACUUUAUUGGAAAUGUAAGAUUACCGUCUAUAACACCCUAUAGCAUAACCCAGAAAACCAGCACAAUGACAUUUUAUGAACGUCUCAUAAAUACUUUACAUUUUUUAUACGACAUGUACCAAAAAGAGUAUGUAUAUUAUCCACAGCAGCAGACAAUAUUAAAACAGAACUUUGGCAAGGAAAUGGAUCUUUACGAAGUUAUGACAAGUACGAGCUUCCUUCUUCUGAAUUCGCAUCCUCUCAUCGCUGAACCUUCUUUGCUCACUAGUGCUGCUGUAGAAAUUGGAGGGUUCCAUGUAUCUACUAGAAAGUUACCUAACGAUAUCAAGAAGUUUUUAGACGAUGCUAAGCAUGGUGUAGUUUUAAUUAGUUUUGGAACCAACGUUAAUAUGGAAAAAUUUUCAAAUAAUACAAUUGAGAGUUUGCUGAGAGCUAUUCAAAAUCUACCGCAGCGGUUUAUUUGGAAAUUUGAUUCGCUUCAAGUUCCUAAUAAACCCGAUAAUUUGUUGGUAUCAAAAUGGUUACCUCAGUCGGACAUUCUUGCUCAUCCAAACGUAGUCGCAUUCGUUUCCCAUUCUGGACUUAUAAGUAUCAUAGAAUCCAUACACCAUGCAGUACCACUGGUUGUUGUUCCUAUAUUCGGUGAUCAACAUAUGAACGCCCUUAGAGCUGUUCAGAACGGUAUUGCUGUUAAAAUUGAAUUUUCUAAACUAGAUGGAGAAACUCUUGUUGGCGGACUUCAGAAAAUCUUAAAUGAUAAUCAGUAUCAAAAGAAUGUCAAGAAAAUCUCCAAGAUGUUCAGAGACCGAUCCGUUCAUCCAAUGGAUUUAGCAGUGCAUACAAUCGAAUAUGUCUUGAAGUAUAAUCCUGACAGGUACUUUAGAAGCCCCGCAUUAAAUCUUUCUUGGUUCCAGCUCUACUUACUAGAUAUUAUAUUUGUUGUUAUUGUAGUAAUAAUGUUACUUAUAAAGGUUUUAAAAAGAGAUGUGCGAAAUAAAAAAGUGAAGGCAUCCUAAACAUAA